AUGGCUGAACUAAUAGAGAAAAAGAAAAUUCGUACAGUCAUAAAAUCAAAGGCAACGCGUUUUGAAAAUUUUAUUAAUAAUUAUGUACCGGUAACUGAAACAUUUUUUGAAUUAGAAUCACGUUUGGAAAAAUUCGAGCAGCUUUGGUCAGAAUUUGAAAAAAUACAAGGUGAAAUUGACGCAUUCUCAACCGAAAUUGAUAAUCGAGAAUGGGAACAAUUUGAAAAUGGUUUUUUUUCAACGCUAAGCAUGGCUAAGCGAAAGAAGGCCCAAUGUAUGGAGCUCUCGAGACCCGCCAGUGUAAAUUCAGAAUCAGCCAUAUUGUCGAAUGGUAGUAGUGUGGGAGUGUCGCAUGCGCGGUUGCCUAUCAUAACGUUGCCUAAUUUUGACGGUAGCUAUGAACGAUGGCAGAGCUUCUUUGAUACUUUCAACGCGAUGGUUCACAGGAACACAACUCUGGACACUAUUACUAAAUUUCAUUAUUUGCAAUCCGCGUUAAUCGGCAAGGCAAAAGAAUAUAUAAAUGCGUUUGAAAUUACGGAAAACAAUUAUGACAUUGCUAUUGAUUUGUUAAAAAAGCGAUACCAUAACUCUCGAUUGAUUAUACAACAUCAUAUUCAACAAUUGUUUAAUUUGCCGCAGGUAAAUAAAGACAUAGCGGGGUCAUUGCGCGCGCUUUCCGAUGGAUUGCAAAAACAUACUCGUAUACUCAAACAAUUGAAGGAACCGGUUGACACAUGGGAUACCCUUUUAAUUUAUUUGGCUUCAACUAAAUUAGAUAUUAUUACAAAACGCGAAUGGGAAUUAAAAGUAGUGUCAAGUAAAUUAUCAAAAUUGACUGAAUUUUUAGAAUUUUUAGAUACACGGUGUCAGAUGAUGGAAGCUAUUUCAUCAAAGGCUCCUCAUACAGAAAUGACAAAGACGGGUUUUAAUCAGGGAACAAAAAGGGAAGGCAAUAAAAUUUUAACUCAUGUGGCAACGGGAAAAAACUCGGUUGAUUGUGUAUUGUGUCACAAAGAUCAUCGGGUUUAUACAUGCUCUGCUUUUCAGGAUUUAUCAGUCGAGAAUAGAAGGGAUAAAGUUAAGGAAUUAAACUUAUGUUUUAACUGCUUGGGUAUUAAACAUGCUGCCAGAGAUUGCAGAUCCACGCGCUUAUGUAAACAUUGUAAUCAUAAACAUCAUUCUCUUUUGCAUUUCGAUAAUCAAGGGAAUUUUCAAUCAAAUAGUAAUCACCAAUUAAGGGAAAAUGAAAGGCAGAGCGGUGUAAAUUCGGAAUCUGGUGUUUCUGUGAAUUUAUUUGCACACAAGGACACAAGUGAAAAAAUAUUGUCAACGGUGGCAAUAUAUAUACAAAAUGAUACGGGUCAAAAAAUAAAAGUUAGAGCGUUACUUGACAAUGGUUCUAUGGCGAACUUUAUGACAGAAAAUCUAUGCAAUAAAUUAAAUUUAAAGAAAAAUAAUGUAAAUCAUACAGUCUCGGGAAUAGACUUAACUCAGACAAAUAUUAACUUUUGUACCUCGGCAACGAUAAAAUCAACACUUAACGCAUAUAAGCUUCGAACUGAUUUCUUUGUAACAAAUAAUAUUUCCCAAUGUAUUCCAACAAAAAAAAUUGAUCUUACUAAAUUAUCCAUUCCUGAUCAUAUCCAUUUGGCUGAUCCCGAUUUUUAUAAACCUCAACCUGUGGAUAUCCUACUGGGCACUUCUAUAUUCUGGGAUUGUCUAGAACCAAAACGAAUCCUUCAAGGUCAAGGACACCCGGUAUUACAAUUAACGAAGUUUGGAUGGAUUUUAGGUGGUCAAUUAUCUACGGAGAGGAAGACUAAACAAUCUGAUUUGUUUUGUGGAUUUUUAAGCGAAUCAUCACUCAAUCAGCAACUGCAACGAUUUUGGACCAUCAACGAAGGAGACUCAACUAAGAUUAUGUCGGCAGAAGAGAAGGAGUGUGAGGCAAUAUUCACAAACACCUGUAAGCGAGCAUCGGAUGGGAAGUUCGAGGUCACCAUGCCAAUGAAAUCGAAUCUAGAGGAACUUGGAGAAUCUCGUGCCAGUGCGGAGAAACGAUUACUGAUGAUGGAACGACGUUUUAAGAAAGAUGCUCAAUUAAAGGAACGAUACAGUGAUGUCAUGAAGGAUUAUGUGGAUCAAGGUCAUAUGUCCAAGGUCACGAUGUUGAAGGGCUCCUUUAAUUACUUACCACAUCAUGCAGUACAAAAAGAGGCAAGCACAACCACGAAGACCAGGGUAGUAUUUGAUGGGUCUAAUGAGUCAUCAUCAGGACUUUCAUUAAAUGACUGCAUGUUGACUGGUCCCAUUGUUCAGCAGGAAUUAUUUAAUAUUAUAAUUCGUUUCAGAAUACAUCGGUUUGUUAUCACAGGGGAUAUAGUUCAGAUGUAUCGCCAAAUCUGGGUGGAACCUAGUCAACGAAGGCUCCAAUGCAUCUUAUGGAGGGAGAGUCCGGAUCAACCAAUGGAUACUUACCAGCUUAAUACAGUAACGUUUGGGAUCACGGCUUCUCCAUAUUUAGCUACGCGAUGUCUUUUGAAAUUGGCAGAUGAUAACCAGGAUCUUUAUCCAAACGCAUCACGAGUCAUCAAGGACGACUUUUAUGUUGACGAUAUGCUAACCGGCGCGGAUACUGAAGAAGAAAUUGUUGACAUCAAAAAUGAUGUUAACAAAAUCCUAUCAUCAGCGGGAUUUAAAUUGCAGAAAGUCCAUUCAAAUGCUGAUCUUCCACAGCAUGAUCAGGAGGAUCACGAAAUCACGGAGAUCAAGACGUUGGGAUUGAGAUGGCAGCCAAGGGAGGAUCUAUUGAAGUAUGAUUCGAGUUACAAGGCUAAACCUGGGUUCAUCACGAAGAGAAUGAUGUUAUCAUCAAUUGCACAAAUUUUCGAUCCAUUAGGAUUGAUUGGACCAUUCAUUCUGCGAUCCAAGAUUCUUUUGCAGCAUCUCUGGAAAUUGAAAUUGAGUUGGGAUGAUCCAAUUCCAGGGGAUGUUGCUGAAAAAUGGAUUUUUCAUUGCAAUCAACUGCAGAAUAUUAAGGAUCUUAAUAUUCCACGUUAUGUGUUGGUUGCUUCACCUAGGAAGAUUCAAAUUCAUGGGUUUUCAGACGCGUCUGAGAGUGCAUAUGGAGCGUGCAUUUAUAUGCGCACGGAGGGAUUGGAUGGAGUCGUCGUAACUCAUCUUCUUUGUGCUCGCUCUCGUGUUGCUCCGAUGAAAUCGGUGAGUCUACCGCGACUGGAAUUAUGUGGAGCAUUGCUUUUGGCUGAAGUAUAUGCUAAGAUUCGAGAUGCUUUGACUAUCAGUAUUGAGGAUGUUUAUUUCUGGAGUGAUUCGACCAUUGCUUUAUCAUGGAUCAAGGGAGAUCCUUCAAGGUGGCACACCUUUGUGUCUAAUCGAGUAGCCGAGAUUCAACGAUUGACUCCUUUGGAAAAAUGGGAUCACGUAAGAACAGACGAGAAUCCAGCAGACCUGAUUUCACGAGGAGCAGAUUUGAAUCAGCUGAUGGAUGCAAGGAUCUGGUGGAACGGACCGGAGUGGCUUCAGAAGGAUGAGGAUUCGUGGCCGCAUGAUGAAUUCGUGAUUCCUGAAGUACCAGAAGAGAAGAAAUUGACAUUGACGUUCGCUGUUCAAGAGCGAGAUUUUUCAAUGUUGAGAAGAUGUUCAUCUUGGAAUAGACUUCGUCGAGUCACCGCUUAUUGUCUGAGGUUCAAGGAAAAUGCAUUCAAAAAGGCUAAGGGAUUCGUAUUAAAUAAGGAUAUUUUAUCAGCUGAAGAAUUGAAUAAGGCAGAUGUUGUUUUAUUGAAGAUGCAUCAGGAAGAAGAAUUUUCCAAGGAGAUAGGUGAACUUCGCAGGAACAAGGCAAUUGAUUCAAAUAGUCGAAUUUUAUCUUUGAAUCCUUUUUUGGACGAUGUCGGUUUGCUGAGGGUUGGGGGAAGAUUAUCCCAUGCAUCCAUAUCCUACUCCCAACGUUUUCCUAUUAUUUUAUCUUCGAAUCAUGUAACGACGGAAUUGAUCAUACGUGAUCAUCAUUAUAAAAAUUUGCACGCGGGAACAUCUUUGCUUUUGGCUAAUUUACGAGAAAGGUAUUGGAUAUUGUCUUCGAGAAAUGCAAUCCGGAAGGUAUUGCGCAAGUGCGUCUUGUGUUUUAGAAUCAAGCCAAAAAAUGAAAUUCAAUUAAUGGGGAAUUUACCGGUUGAACGGGUGACACCGUCACGAGCGUUUGCGCACACUGGCAUAGACUACGCAGGACCGUUUAAUAUCAAAAUCUCUAGAAACAAGACCCAAAAGGCAUAUCUUUGUGUCUUUGUGUGCCUGGCGGUUAAGGCUGUGCAUUUGGAGCUGGUCUCAGACUUGUCAACAAAUGCAUUUUUGAAUGCACUUAAAAGAUUCAUAGCUCGGCGCGGUAAGUGCUUGUCCUUGUCUUCGGACAAUGGCAAGAAUUUUAUUGGAGCGAAUAACGAGUUACAAAAGAUUGUUGCAAAUUUGUUGACGGAAACUGAGAGCAGAUCCAAAAUAUUAAAUUUCGUUGCAGAUAAUUCGAUAAAAUGGAAUUUCAUUCCCCCCUACUCGCCUCACAUGGGAGGUUUGUGGGAGGCGGCGGUAAAGUCGGCAAAAUCGCAUUUAAGGGCUGUUAUCAAUGGCGCUCCUUUCACUUUCGAGGAAUUUUAUACGAUAAUUGUAGAAAUCGAGGCAAUAUUAAAUUCGAGACCAAUGUGUCCGGUAUCAUCGGAUCCUAAUGAUAUGAACGUUCUCACUCCAGGACAUUUUUUAAUCGGAACUUCGUUAAGUUCAAUUUUAGAAGAAAGUGUUCUGGAUAUUCCAACUAAUCGGGUUAAUCGUUUUCAAUUGUUAUCACAAGUACAACAAUCCUUUUGGCGACGAUGGUCGACUGAAUAUAUAACGCAAAUGCAGUCGCGUUCAAAGUGGAAGAGGCGUAUUGAUAACAGUAGAUUGCAUUUGGGACGAAUGGUGUUGUUGAAGGAUGAUAAUUUGCCGCCACUGCGAUGGCGAUUGGGACGAAUCGAAGAUCUCCAUCCUGGAACUGAUGGACUCGUUAGGGUGGUGAGUGUAAGAACAAGCGCAGGAAUUGUAAAACGAUCACUACCAAAGAUUUGUAUAUUGCCGAUAGAUGAGUGA